GCAAAAUAUUAUUUUUGAGUGCUUUUUGUUCUAUUUUGGCUAAAAUAUUGAAAAAAUAUGGACGACGCAGGACGAAAGUCAUCAUAUGAAGCACAAGGAAGUUCUGAUGAUGAAUUUAAUGCAUCGUUUCAACAAAUUAAUUUUGAAGAAGACACUCAUGAUACAGUUGAAUAUGAUUCACCAAGUAGCUCAUUCAGUAAUUUAGAGGAGCUUGGUUUCGGAAAACACACAUUGACACCAGAGUCCAAAGCUUCGAAUGAGCCAAAAUCAAAGCGAUUUGCAGCAUCAAAUUUGUCCAGCCGACAAUGCAGUCAGAGGAGAAAUCAACUGGCAUCCAAACUUGAGGAAAUUUUGGAGUAUCGAGAGAAUCCAGAUGAUCAUGUGGAACAGUCUGUGCUAAUGGAAUACCUGGAUGUCAUGGAUGAUCAGAAAAGUAUUCUUACCAGAGCCAUUAAAGCAUUAUUUCCAGAGGCAACUAAAAGGAGUGCUAUGAUUGCCAAUAAUCAGCCCUAA